AUGGUGUGGGUGCAACUACCAGAUAUCCCAGUCGAGUUCUAUAAUCGAGAAGCGGUUAGGAUGAUUGCGGAGAAGAUAGGGAAACCGGUGCGAGUUGACUGUGCGACAGAGUUGGGAGCACGAACAAAAUAUGCAAGGGUUUGCAUGGAAGUUGACUUAAUGAAACCCCUCAUGGGAAAGUUCAGUAUAGAAGGAAAGAAGUACAUGAUCCAGUAUGAAAGGCUGGAAAAUAUUUGCGAUCAAUGUGGUUCCUAUGGCAAACCGGCAAGCCAGUGCUCGUACCGAUCACCGGAACCUGUAGCCGCCGAUGAUGAAGUAGUUAUGGUAGAAGAAACUCAGGAGGAGGAUCCGAGUAAAGGUUAG